AGUAUUUUUUCCAUCAUCCAUCAGUUGGUUCUUGGGUUGUUGACCGAGUGUGUUGUACCCAUCGCGAGCUGUGCCAGUCAAAGAAUGCGGAAAGCACAUUUUUCAUGGCCGGCAGCGCUCAUCAUUUGUUUGGCUAUUGUAGAGAUGUGCCUCGCCGAUAGGGAUUCGUGCGAUAUUGAAGAUCCGACGCUCAAGAAGCUCUGCCGCAAAGUCGAGAGCCAAGAAAAGUACCAAGAGAAAUGGGUAGCCACCAAUUUCAAAGCGGAAAUGGUGUUUCGAUGGUACAACGCUAACAAAGACUGGCUCACAGCUACGCGACUCCCUCGUAUGAUGAAACGUUUACUGCGGCGGGCUAACGCUCUCAACCCGAGCGAAAAUGAUGAUUUUGCUGAUGAACAGCCGGUCGAGGCCAGUGCACCACCUGCGGCCGUAUCUGCUGAAUUGGCUGCCAAACUGGAACAAAUGACGUUGAAACUUGGACAAAUGGCCGUCCAGUUGAAUCAGACUCAAACGCAAUUGAGGCAGAUACAACAGGCGAAUCGUAGAACGGAAGCGGCCUCGGCCAAUCGAAUGGACGAUUUGAAUACUAUCGAAAUCAGGGUCAACGCCUCUUUGGCGGCCCAGCAGGAACGGCUCAAAAUUCAAAACAACAUGACCGAUGAAUCUCUCCGGCUGAUCAUUUCAAGUGGCGAACAGAUGGCCACCCGGCUCUCCAAAACCGAGAAAACGUUACAGACACUUAAGAACAAUGCGGCCAAUUGCAGUUGUACGCCUGCUAAGCCGAUGCCUGUUGUUAAAAACAUGUCCAAACCUGAAGACAAGAUUCAAGAUGAAUCGGGGAAAAAUUCAGAAAGAGAAGAGGUCUUCAAAUUCCAGCAAGAUAUGGAACGCCAAGUGGAGGAGUUGAAAAUGAAACUGCAAUUGACGGCUAGCGAUCUGGAAAGAUCUAUUAAUUCUAUACACGCACAGAGCGAAGGGGCGUUACGUAAUUUCAGUUCGGUCUACCAGGAAGGCAUGAAAUCGUUGGCCAGCGUGUUGGAAGAUAAGGUGUCCCUGGCGUCCACGUCGUCCUAUGAUGUCAUCACUAACGCCACACUGGCGUUCGGUGAAGAUCUGCAGAUACUGCGACAGGCAGUCUCUUCUUCAACAGCCCAGAUUCAAUUCCUCAUUGGUCAGGACAUGAAAUCAGUUCGUGGAAUAGAAGAACUGAGAACGGGGGCACGUCGGCACGAGUCCAAUAUUCAGUUAUUGACUACACAACUGGGAGAGUUUAGGCUUCUCGUUCAAGAUCAGAUGAACAACAUUCGAACUCACUUCUCGCAGACGGUCAACGAAUUUUACCAGAAAAUUGUUGACCGGCAAAAUGCCAUGGGCUAUCGUUUGAGCUCGGUCGUAGACGAGCUAUCUGCUAUCAAAGGAAAAGUUCGCAACAUCCCGCUCGUGGCGACAGCUGGAGUAAACGACCAGGGCGGAGCCGUUGAUAAUGAUGAUGAUGAUCCAUUGCUCAGCCCUCCAUCUUUAGAUUCCCGCUGAAAGAUAUUUUUGCCCACGUUUUCUUUCUAUAUUUGUUUGUUUUUUUUCCCUUUUUUGUAUUUCUUUGAAUUUAUUUUCCCUGCCGUUUGCAACCGUCGGUAAACACCAGCGUGAUGUUGAUUUUGACCAUUAGAUGGCAGUUGACAUUGAGUGACCGAUCCCAUUUCUAAAUAAACAGAAAAAUGGUUUUUUGAUAUUAAUAAUAACAUUAGGGAAUAAAUCGCUUACACCAAUUGAA